UUCGGCAUGCAAAAAUGUUAAAAGUUGCAGUCCAUUUAAGUUCUAUUAAAGUUAAGAGUUUAGUCUCUCCAGUUGCGCGCAGAAGAUAUGAGAUUUAUGGGAAAACUCUUUUAAAUAAUAGCCUCAUCAUCAAUCAACACACACCCUUGACUCUCUCUACCACUCCACAAAUCUUCCUCUUCUCCAAAAAUGGAUCCAAUUCCAACCUAUCCAGAAAUCUCCAUAGAUGUUCCUCCUUACCUUCGAGUACACAAAAACGGAACCAUAGAAAGAUUAGCAGGCAUUCAUGUCAUUCCUCCCGGCAUCGAUCCUCAAACCAAAGUUAUCUCAAAAGACAUCACAAUCAUCCCAAAAACUGGUCUCACAGCAAGACUCUACUCACCCAACAAUUUCACUUCAAAAAAACUACCUUUAAUCAUCUACUUCCAUGGUGGAGCCUAUUGUAUAUCUUCAGCCUCUGAUCCACUUUACCAUAACUCCCUCAACAAACUAGUACUCGAAGCAAACAUCAUCGCUAUCUCUGUUAAUUACCGGUUAGCACCCGAACAUCCUCUUCCAACCGCUUACGAUGAUUCUUGGGAAGCACUUCAAUGGAUUGCUUCACACACCAUUGAAAAUCAUGAAGAAAAUCAUGAAAACUUGAUCAAAGAAAGAGUUGACUUUAACAAAGUUUUCUUAGCAGGUGAUAGUGCUGGUGCUAACAUAGGACACUACAUGUCCUUAAAGUUGAAUGUUCUAAAUCAUUUGAAUUUUAAGGUUUUGGGUCUUAUAAUGGUGAAUCCUUAUUUUUGGGGUAAGGAACCAAUUGGUGUUGAAAUAAGUGAUUAUGAGAGAAGGAAAAUGGUUGAUAAAUGGUGGGAAUUUGUUUGUCCUUCUGAUAAAGGAAAUGAUGAUCCUUUGAUUAAUCCGUUUGUGGAAGAAGCUCCUAAUCUUGAAGAAGUUGGUGUUGAAAAAGUGCUUAUUACUGUUUGUGAGAAAGAUAUAUUAAGGGAAAGAGGGAAACUUUAUCACAAGAAAUUGGUUAACAGUGGUUGGAAAGGUACUGCUGAAUUUUAUGAGACUCAAGAGGAAGAUCAUGUGUUUCAUAUUUUUAAUCCAGAUUGUGAUAAAGCUAAGAAUUUGAUUAAACGCAUAGCUGAUUUCAUCAAUGCAUAAUGAAGAUUUGCAAUCAUAAUUCAUGUAUGUGUUUGUGUGUGGAAGCAUAUUAAUUAAUAAUAAUGAGUUUUGUUUGUGUUAACUCAGUUAUAAUUUGAGCUUCUAAUUUUUCACUGUUAAUCAGAGUUGUGAAUUACCCUGUUUCCUAUUAGAUAAUGAAAUAAUAGUCCAUUAGAUUUUAUAUACAUUCGCUAGUAACCUUUUGUAAUGUUAAA